AUGAAUCAACAACCACAAUACGAACCAGCCGACCAUGCUCGCGGUGCCGUGGGCGGCGGCUCAUCAACUGGCGCCCCAGGUCUUCCAACCGGUCUCCGCGACCAACGCUCUCAGUACGACACAACCAAAGGCGUCAACCCAUCCACCGGCGCCACUUACUCCAAGUCUUCAGCCGGCGGGCCAACACAAAACCACCAGCGGCCGUUGUCCCCCUCGCCGGCUCGUAGCGACGAUCGAAUCGUUAACGAUGAGCCGCUGCCGCAUACGGCUAGCACGGCGCAGCGGGCGGAGAAUCAAGACCGCUCGCGGGGCUCGCGGGCCGGCGAUGGAAUCGGCAAGGGAAUCGUAGGUGCUGCAGCUUCGGUACAUGGGGCCGGGGAGUCGUUGCGUGGGGCGUUGAACACGGCUGUCGAUCGGGCGUUUGGGUCUCACGAGGGGGCGGAGCGGAAUCAACAGAUCGCCGACAAGGGCGCGGAGGAGAUUCGCUCCGGUCGCUUCUCACACUCCAAAUAG